AUGGCCCCAGCAGCCCUCGUCUCAACCUACACCCCACCCCCUGUUUCCGGGCCCAAGACCAAGAAGGCCACACGCCCCGCCAAAAAGCUCCCUCAGUCCCUUAUCGAAGGCGCUAAGAUCCCCCAGAAGCGCACCUUCGACCCAAGCGAGCACUUGGUCUUUCAACCCCCGGAGAAGAUCCACAAGAUGGCCGACUUCGGCCUCGAAAAAGCGGGCAUCUCUCCCAACGCUAUCUCAGAGCCUUUUCGUCUGUUCACGGCCGAAGCAAUCAGACAAAUGCGCGCUGAGAUCUUCAGUGAGCCUGUGCUGAAGGAUUGUCAGUAUGCAAGCGAUUUCUGCGCAAGCAUGGUUAGGGGCAUGGGACACAAGCGAGCCCCCUUCACGUACGACGUAUGGAAGUCUCCUGAAGUCCUGUCCAAAAUCUCCGCUAUCGCCGGCAUCGACCUAAUCCCAGCCCUCGACUUCGAAAUCGCAAACAUCAACAUUGCCAUCAAGGACGACGAACCACCUUCGUCCCAAGCCAGCAACUCCUCUACCAAACCCCCCGGAGAUGACGAUACCCCGGCAUUUGCCUGGCACUACGACUCCUUCCCCUUCGUCUGUGUAGUCAUGCUUUCCGACUGCACCUCCAUGGUAGGCGGCGAAACAGCUAUCAGGCUCCCCAACGGCACCAUCAAGAAGGUCCGUGGUCCCGCACAGGGCUACGCGGUUGUCAUGCAGGGUCGGUAUCUCGAGCACCAGGCUUUGAAGGCCCUUGGCGGCCGGGAGAGAAUCACGAUGGUGACGCCGUUCCGGCCUAAGGACGCAGAGGUGCGCGAUGAGAUUCUGCUCACUGGUACUCGGGGAAUCAGCAAUCUGGAGGAGAUGUAUCCCCAGUAUUUCGAGUACCGCAUGGAGGUCCUUGAGGAAAGGGUGCGGGCACAGCGCAAGAGGGAGAGGGAGAGGGAAAUUACUGGACGGCCGUUUAAUGUGGAGGAGACAAGGAAGUGGGUAAAGGAGCAGAGGGAUUUUUUGGAUAGUAUUCUGAACGACAUGAUUGUAGUUGAGUAG